AUGCAUCCUCUCCAGAGAUUCACAAAAUCCACAAUGACUAAAACAACCCAAGUCCUCUACGAGACGAAGGAAAUUUCUCUCUCUCUCUCUCUCUCUCUCUCUCUCUCUCUCUCAGCCAACUCACUACCAAAACGAAAGCUUGGCAAACGACCUUACAUUAUGUCUUGUCCCUCAGCACCACAAAUAUAAUUCACUGUUCUCACCUUGAUCCUCACCAAUUCCCCGAUACUGACAGUUCUGAAGGGGCUCUUGUCUAGGGUCACUUCAUAUCCCUUCACAUCAGAUUGCCCUAGGUGCCGGGUGAAGGUGGAGCAGUCCUCACCGAGUAUCUCUAAAAAAGCAGGAUUUUUACAGCACAGAUCAUUAAUAGUCGCAUGAUUAUCUCAUAAAAGCAGGCUUUUAAUGGAAGAUAAGUAAUAGAUGGCCAUCAAACCGUUUAAAUUACCCAGUAAUUUGUCCCAAAAAGUGCCCCACGAGCCCAACGAUUCCUAUUGGACACAUCUCACAGAGGCGUUUCGAUGGGAAAGUUUCCCGCCCUCGUCUGAACCAGGAAUGGUGAUGAACCCCACUCGCAGGCAUUCAUCAUCCACCGUCAUGAAUUCACAGAAAGAAAAGAGCAGCAGAUAUGUCGAGCAUUACCCGUUGAUGAACUCCGCCGCAGAGUGCCAUGUGUUGUAGCAGAUGAACCAGAGCAAUACGGCCAUCAAUAUAUCUACGGAAGUCCAAGCUAAGGAGCCCGACGUGAAGAUGGAAAAACAAGAAAAAAACGAGAAACCGAGGCGCCCGAGAUGAAGAGUCGGAUCAUCGAUGGAACCGAGCUAAACUUUGAUCGGGCAGAACACGACAUGAAAGCGAGACAAACAUGGGAACACGAGGCGGUGUUGAUGGCAGGAGAGCUACAAAAUCCCCAAGGGGAUCGAUAAUUGAAAAUACUUGCAGAGGAUACUGAAGAGGUACCGCUCCCACCAAUCGAGCAUAUACAGGCCCAUGGUCACGUUGUAGAGGUGGAUCUUCCGGCUAACCCAGUUCAUCUUCCUUCUCCGAGAGAAAUACCUCAAAACCGGAGCGAAGCGAAGCGAUCGAUAGGAGAAGGGAGAAGGGAUUCAGCCGAAACGCCGCUGUCGAAAAUGGAGAACCCGGAGCGAUCCUCGCCCGAAUUAAAUCAUUCGGGGUCCGAGGGGUUCUAA